AUGAGGAACUUCCUCGGAAAGCACAGCAAUCGUUCAUCGCAUGCGCUCAACGAGCCGCGAACCCCGUCCAAGACGCCUGCUUCCACGACUACGAACAACGGCCAACCUCCCUCUACUGGCAGUGCAGCAGCACCUCAAGUUCAAGCUCAAGCUCAGGCUCAACCCACAGGCCAUCAGCGUCAACCAAGCCAUCAGCCUCAGUCGCAGCUUCAACAACAGCCCCAGCAGCUCCCACAGGAUCAACACUAUCAAGUUCAGCAGCGCCAGCAGCUCCUCGACGAGGCGGACUCAGCCUCCCACGGCGCCCACUUCGGCCACCCUCAAUCCCAAUCUCACUCACACUCGCACUCGCACAACAGCGCCAGCGCCAGCGCCAACAACCCUUCCACCAUAAACCCCCAUUCAGCCUUGUCCUCGUCCCAUAACACCGCCUUCAGCUCCAGUGAAUCUUUUGAUUCCCAACAACCGCCUCCACCUUCUCAUUACGUGCAACAGCAGCAACAACAGCCGUUGCACCUUCAACAUCCUCAGCAGCAGACUCAAGGUUCUUUGCCACUGUUGCCUUCCCCCUCCUCCGCUUCCGCUUCCACUGGCGCCCCUCCCCCACCUCAUCUCUAUAGCUCCCCUUCAGCUGCCAGCAGCACGACCGGUGCGAACCUCAACAACAACCCUCCUUCUUUGCAACAGCAGCAGAGCUCCAAUCUAUCUAACGUGGCAUACGAUUCUCACCAACCCCACGGCGAAUUCAACGACCCUGGGCUCGGCCGCUCGCAGAGUAUUCAAUACAGCGCUACCGCACAGUACGAUAAUCAGAACCCAUCCGUCGAUGACCUGAACCGCUACGGUCAAAUACCACCUCAACAGUUACAGCAGCAGCAAGCUCAAGCUCAAGCUCAAGCUCAAGCUCAAGCUCAAGCUCAAGCUCAAGCUCAAGCGCCAACGGCACCUGCUGAGAAGCGGUCGACUCGAAAAUUGAUUAAGGGCAUAUUUUCUGGGUCCAAUCGUGGGGCGUCUGACAGCCAGCACCACCACAGCAUAAGCAUCGGUCACAGUAACAACCAAUCCUACGAUAACACUGGCGGCCUUGCACGUCGACCGUCCAAGCGGGUUCAGCAGCUCCCCGAGAGUCAACGCUCCCCUCUACCCCAGCUUUCAUCUCGCAAGGGCCUCGACGACAUCAAUGAGCAUUAUAUCGCACAUCAAUCUGACCAAUCAUCACCUUCGCAGACUUCUCGUAUUUCGCUUCAUAACACCAUUCGCCAAGUUGCUGGUGAGGUAGACCAACACCCGCAGCAAUCUCACGAAGACGCCGCAUAUCAAAACCAGGCCCCGCUGCCGCAACCCCACGUUCAGUUGCACGCAGACGAUCAGCAACCGCAACCUGGUUACGAAACAAACGUGUACGACCACCAACAAUCGCCUCUCGGCCAGCCGCAACAGCCCUAUCAGUUUUCAAACACCCAGCAGCAACCUAGUUAUCAUCAGGGUGGGAAUCAAGGUGGAGAAUUGAGAUCAGUUUCCGCACAUCUGGGUCCCAGCGCACAGUUUCAGAAUCCUGAAACAGUCUCUCAGUUCUCGCAUGAAUCGCCCGUCGCCGACUCGGAUCAGCGCUCAGCUCAUUUACAGUCAGCAACCAACUCGCCUGCUGUGAACCACUCCUUGUACAUUCAGCAACAAGGCUCAACACCGAGCCUUCCCCCCGCACAACAGAUAACCCCCCAACCGCAGCAGCAAGGCAUGGCACCACCUACUGGAGGACCUCCACCCUCGCGCCGUCCAGACUCCGAUAAGCUGCGUGGACAGACCGACGUCCCCGGCGGCCCGCCCCCCACUUAUCGUCCCGCCAAUUCCAUGAACAACAUGAACCCGCUACCCCCUGUGCCGCCUCAAGCUGCUGGCCAGUCGGCGGCGUACCGAGGCGAUCGCCCGCCUCAGUUUGAGGGCCAGACGGUUGACCAGGGACGAGACAGCCCGCAGCCUGUGUCUGCUGUGCCAGCGGACUCUGGUGAGAACGAUAAGUCGUUCAAGGAUCUAUUGACUAAGUAUAAGAACGUCAAACGCCUUUACUUCGACGGCAAGGGGCAGAUCGAGGUGCUCAAUGGCCAGAUCGUGCAUCUCCAGAAUGCUGUAGCCAACCAGCGCAUGUCGCAAUCACGUACCGCUCUCGAUGAUAGUGAAUACUCUACACGAUUCAAUCGACUCAAUGGCGCCAUCAACAACCUUUCUUUCAACAUUCGUAAAGAUUGGCGAUGCGUGCCUCAGUGGCUUGACAAGUAUGUCAGCGCAGAGGCACUCAAGACUGGAAAGGCCGAGAUGACGGCUGUUGGACGAGCAGUCAUCUCGCGAUGGCUGAUGGAGGAAGUGUUUAACAAGUGUUUUCACCCUAGCCUGGAUCCUCAGUUAAGUCAGUCACUCAAAGAGAUUGAGCUUGGCAUUCGAAGCAACACAUACACCCUGACUAGUCAGGAAGAGUUCGAUGCCUUGACAAACAAGAUCGUGAGCUGGCGAAUGACAUCACUCGACGGGCUUCAUCGCCAGCUCAACUCGCCAGCCGCGAACGAGAACCGCAAUACAUUUAUCGCCAAAACGACAACGAACUUAACGGCCUGCCUUUAUCAAUUCCUCAACACGCCGCCACCGCCUGGCGUGGACGGCAGCGCGUCGAUGAUCGUGGAACUCGCCGUAGGGAUCGCAGCCAACCUCCCCCUUGAGAGUCGCGACGUGGCUAUUACCUACCCGCUACCCGGAGACAUAGUCCAGCCUCAUGUGAUGGAAGUUGAAAAGGCGGCACUGCCAGUAUUGGAGGCUCAGAAGGGCGGAGAAGAUGGUGACGAUAAGGAAGGUGAUGACGAAAAGAAAGUCAAGACUGGUACGUUGAACAAAGUAGCCCCGCCCGAGAGCGGGGAGGGUAAAGACGCUGCAGAAAGCAAAAGAACGGAUGCUGACAAGGACACAUUUGUAGCGGCCCUGCCGAAGGAUUCGAACAGGGUGCGGUUCGCAGGAUUUAUGGCAUUGGAAGUACGAGGAAGGCAGGUGUUGAUGAAAGCGCCUAUCUGGACUCUGUGA